CACAUCGUUCACCAUUCCAGCCGUCAUGAAGGUACUGGUCGUGCUAGCUCUGUCGCUGGUCCUUGUGGCUGGCCUAGAGCUCAACUACGCCCCAGAGUUUGCUGUAGGAAAGAUCUACACGUACAACUAUGAAGCAGUUAUCCUGGGAGGUCUGCCUGAAGCUGGUCUUGCCAGGGCUGGUGUCAAACUGAGCAGCAAGGUCAUCAUCAGUGCUGAGGCUCCUAACACCUUCUUACUCAAGCUUGUCGACCCACAGCUCUAUGAGUACAGUGGAAUCUGGCCCACCGACCCCUUUGUUCCAGCAACCAAGCUUACCUCAGCCCUGGCAGCUCAGCUACUGACGCCCAUCAAGUUCCAGUAUGCUAAUGGGGUUGUGGGUGCAAUCUUUGCACCUGUCGGUGUCUCUACCACAGUGCUGAAUGUCUUCAGGGGAAUCCUGAAUCUCCUUCAGCUGAACAUCAAGAAAACCCAGAAUGUCUACGAGCUGCAAGAGGCUGGAACUCAGGGUGUCUGCAGGACCCACUAUGUCAUCAGCGAGGACGUGAAGACUGAACGUCUUCAUCUGACCAAGACCAAGGAUCUGAAACACUGUCAGGAUUUAAUCUACAAGGACAUCGGCUUGGCCUACACCGAGAAAUGUGUUCAGUGUCAAGCUCAGGGUAUGGCCCUGAAGGGAGCCAUUGCAGUCAAUUACAUCUUGAAGCCAGCAGCCACUGGUGCUCUGCUCUUGGAGGCAACUGCCACUGAACUCAUCCAGUUCUCCCCCAUUAACAUCCUGAAUGGGGCUGCCCAGAUGGAGGCCAAGCAACUUUUAACCUAUGUUGGUAUUUCAAAGACUCCAGUUCUACCCAUUGCUGCAGCUUAUAUUCCCCGUGGAUCCCUGCAGUAUGAGUUUGCCACUGAGCUUCUCCAGACUCCCAUCCAGCUCCUGAGAAUCACCAACGCAGAGGCACAGAUUGUUGAAGUGCUGAACCACUUGGUGACUUACAACGUGGCCAAGGUCCAUGAAGAUGCUCCUCUCAAGUUUGUUGAGCUCCUCCAGCUCCUGCGCGUGGUCAGCUACGAAAGGAUCGAUGUCCUCUGGUCUCAGUACAAGGUCAAGCCAGCUUACAGGCAUUGGUUCCUGAACGCUGUCCCUGCCAUUGGAACUCAUGUGUCUCUGAAGUUCAUCAAGGAGAAGUUCCUCAUCGAUGACAUCAGUGUCGUUGAGGCAGCUCAGGCUCUGAUUGGCUCCAUCCACAUGGUGACAGCUGACCUGGAGUCCAUCAAGUUGGUCGAGGCCAUGAUUGCCCACCACAAAAUCCAGGCCAAUGCUGUUCUUCGUGAAGUUGUUAUGUUAGGCUUCGGAACCUUGGUUAACAAAUACUGCGUCGCAACGCCACUCUGCCCAGUUGACUUGGUGAAGCCCAUCCACGACCUGCUCAUCCAGUCUGUUGCCAACGCUGACAUUAACGGAGCUAUUAUCGCUCUCAAAGUUCUGGGUAAUGCUGGCCACCCUGCCAGUCUUAAGCCAAUCAUGAAGCUACUGCCUGGAAUCUCCACUGCUGCUGCUGCCCUGCCUCUAAAUAUUCACAUCGAGGCCAUCCUUGCCCUGAGGAACAUCGCAAAGAAAGAGCCCAAGCUGAUCCAGAAUUUGGCUGUUCAGGUCUUUAUGGACAAGGCUCUUAAGGCUGAAAUCCGUAUGGCUGCUGCCCUAGUGCUGUUUGAGACCAGACUCCCCAUGGGUCUGGUGACCGCCAUCGCUGACGCAACCCUGAAGGAAAGCAAUCUGCAGGUUGCAAGCUUUGUCUACUCUUACAUGAAGUCCAUGACCAAGAACACCGCUCCUGAUUACGCAUCAGUUGCCACAGCAUGUGCCGUUGCCAUGAGGAUGCUGAGCCCCAAAUUCGACCGGCUGAGCCUUCGCUUCAGCAGGGCUCUCUACUUGGAUGCCUACCAUAACCCCAUGAUGGUUGGUGCUGCUGCCAGUGCUUUCUAUAUCAAUGAUGCUGCCACUGUGAUGCCCAAGGCUGUUGUGGCCAAGGCCCGUACCUACUUCGCUGGAGCUUAUGCUGAUGUUCUUGAGCUUGGCGUCAGAACCGAGGGAAUCCAGGAAGCCCUCUUGAAGUUGCCCCAGGCUCCUGUGGACGCUGAUAGGAUCACAAAGAUUAAGCACUUCAUCCGGGCAAUUUCCAACUGGAGGGCCACCGCUGUGAACCAGCCACUGGCCUCCGUUUACGUGAAGUUCUUUGGACAGGAAAUUGGUUUCGCCAGCAUUGACAAAGCCAUCAUUGAUCAGCUUAUCCAGGUCGCCACCGGACCUAGCGUUGCCACUUAUGGAAGAAAGGCCCUGGAGGCCCUUCUCUCCGGUAUCUCCUUCCACUAUGCCAAACCCAUGCUGGUUGCUGAGGUGCGUCGCAUCAUGCCGUCCAACACCGGUCUGCCCAUAGAGCUCAGCUUCUACACCGCUGCUGUGGCGGGUGCCACUGUUGAGUUCGCGACCACCGUGUCUCCUCCUCUACCUCUGAACUUUGCUGCUGCUCAGCUGCUUAAGUCCGACAUUGAGAUCAGAACCGCGGUUACUCCAAGUGUUUCCAUGCAUACUUAUGCUGUCAUGGGCGUGAACACCGCCUUGAUCCAGGCUGCCAUCAUGUCAAUCGCCAAAAUUCACACAAUUGUUCCUGCAAAGGUGGAAGCAAGAAUUGACUUUAUCAAGGGCAACUUCAAGAUUCAAGCUUUGCCUGUCCAGGGUUUAAAUAAGAUCACAGCUGCAACUGUGGAGACCGUUGCCGUUGCCAGAAAUGUUGAAGAUCUUGCAGCUGCAAAGUUUACACCAAUGAUUCCAUUAAAGUCCAACACACUGUCACGUGAAACAUUUACUUCUAAGAUCGCUUCCAGGUUGGCUUCUUUGACAUCCUCUCUGGGUAAUGGAAUGUCCAAAUCAUCAGAAAUCAUUCCUGUUGAUUUAGCUGAGAACCUCAUCAGGAAGAUCAACCUCAAUGCUGCCUUUGCAAAGAAAAUGUGCGGUGAACUUAAGACAUUCGGAAUCAAGGUAUGCGCCGAGAUUGAAUCCCGGAACGCCGCCGCCAUCAAGGACUGCCCACUAUAUGCCGUUGUUGGAAAACAUGCCCUCAUUCUCGAGAUUUCACCAGCCGCUGGACCUGUGAUUGAGAAGAUCGAAGUUGAGAUUCAAGUCGGCGAGAAGGCUGUGGAGAAGAUCAUCAAGGUGAUCCACAGGAGCCAGGAGGAAGAAACCGUCGAGGAGAGGAACGUCUUGCUGAAACUCAAGAAGAUCCUGGUUCCCGGUCUGAAGAACGCCACCAGAGCUUCCUCUUCCUCCAGCAGCUCGAGUUCCCUCAAAUCCAGCUCAAGCAGCAGUUCUAGCAGCCCCUCCUCCUCCUCCUCCUCCUCCUCCUCCUCCAGCGCCCGCGUGUCGAAGCAACAGUCAUUCGAGAUGAAGUUUUCCAAGACUCACAUCCACCAGCAUUCCGUUUCCGCAGCCAGAACAUCAAGCAGAAGUAGCGCUGCCAGCUUCGAGGCCAUCUACAACAAGGCCAAGUACCUUGCGAACGCCAUCAAUCCCACUGUGACAAUCCUUGUCCGUGCUCUGAGAGCUGACCACAAGGCCCAGGGAUACCAGGCCACAGCCUACUGGGACAAGCCGGCUUCCAGAGUCCAGCUGAUCCUCGCUAACCUGGUGGAGGAAAACCACUGGAGGAUCUGCUCUGACGCUGUCCUGCUCAGCUAUGAGAAAAUCAUGGCCAAGGUUGCCUGGGGAAUUGAUUGCAAGGAAUUUGAGACCAAGAUCAUUGCUGAAACUGGACUUGUUGGUAAAAGCUCUGCGAUGCGCCUGAAGUUCACCUGGGACAAGCUUCCAACUUCCGCGAAGCGCUAUGCCAAGAUGCUGUCAGACUACCUCGGAAAUGCUGCACAGCUGGCAGGUGUGGAAAUGUCAAAGGCCAAGAAUUCUCUGAAACAAUUGAAACUGACUUUGACUUUGACAUCUGACAAAACCCUGAAUGUUGUGCUGAAGACACCAAAGAGGACCUUCUACAAACUGGCCGUGAUGCUUCCUGUCUACAUCCCUGUUGGAAAUACGGCUGAUGAGUUGGUGGCCUAUCAGAACAGUCUAUCUGAUAAGAUUAUAUAUGUGCUCACCAAAGCAAAUGCAGCUAAGUGCACCAUCAUCAAUGACAAGGUGACCACAUUCAACCAGCGCAUCUUCAAGAACCAGAUGCCUGAGUCUUGCUCUCAAGUUUUGGCACAGGACUGCACCGAAGAUCUGAAAUUCAUUGUUCUGCUAAAGAAGGAUCCGUUAUCCAACGACAAACAAAUCAAUGUGAAUAUUGCUGACAUUGAGGUUGACCUUAUUCCCCUGCACAACGACAUCAUCGUGAAGAUCAAUGGAGUCAUAUUGCCCACUGCCAACCUGCCGUACCAGCACCCUACAAACAAAAUCCAGAUCAAGAACCUGGGAGAGGGCAUUGCUCUCCAUGCGCCAAGCCAUGGUCUUCAAGAGGUGUAUUUAGACGCCAACACAUUGAAGGUCAAGGUGGCCGACUGGAUGAAGGGACAGACCUGCGGACUCUGUGGAAAGGCUGACGGAGAGGUCAGAGAGGAGUACCAGACCCCCAACGGGCGUCUCGCCACAAACUCAGUCAGCUACGCUCAAUCCUGGGUGAUCCCUGCCGAGAGCUGCCGCGACCUCUCAAAAUGUUACAUGGAGCUUGAAUCUGUGAAGCUGGAGAAGCAAAUGAUCCUCCAUGGAGAAGAGUCCAAAUGCUUCUCCGUUGAGCCUGUGUUGCGCUGCCUGUCUGGUUGCACCCCACUGAAGACCAUCCCUGUCACCGUUGGUUUCCACUGUCUGCCUGCCGAUUCGAACAUGAGUUUGACCAGCCUGAACAACAUCUAUGAGAAGAGCGAGGACCUGAAAGAGGCCACCGAAGCCCACCUGGCCUGUCGCUGCUCAGCACAGUGCGCUUAAGGAAACAUUACACACUAUAUAAAUUCCCUAUUUUAUUGUAGAUAAAGUAGUAUGGAAGAUUAGUUGAUAUUCCCUUCCAUACUGCAUGUAUUAGCCAUUUGUUAUGUUCUCAUUAAAAAAAUUCAUCACCAUGGCAGACUUU